AGGUCCAAGAUGGCGGCCGGACGAGGCGAGUUCUACCGGAGCUUCUGGGAGAGUUACCUCCGGAGCCUGGAGAGGAGACCCGGCCAGCCGGCUCCCGGGAGACGGGCCCCGGGUCGCGGUAGGAGAAACCCGGGUCCUGGAGCAGCUCAGCCCGGGCCGGGUGGAGGAGAACCGGGCGGCAAGAGGAGGAGGAAGCCCGCACCGCGCAGACAUGAACCGACAACAAAGGGAAAUAAAACAACUUUUCACCAAACUUCUGCAUCCAGAGAGAACUUCAUGGAAAGGCUUCCUCCGGAGGUCCUGUUUCAGAUCCUGUCCUACCUGGACGCCUCGUCUCUGUCCUGCAUCAGCCACGUCAGCAAACUGCUCCACCGGCUCGCCAACGACAACGUCCUGUGGUAUAAGAUCUACAUGUUGGAGUUCGGGAGUCAGACGUGGAAGCCGAAGUCGCGGGCGGAGGGCGGCACGGCGCCGAGGGUCGACUCGCUGGAGACGCAGCCGUCUGAUUGGUCGGAGGGCCACUGGAAGAAGAUGUACUUCAGGGCCGACACUCGGCAGGAGAUGAACCAGUGCUGCACAACCAUGAAGGUCCUCAGCCCGUACACCGGCUUACCCAGACACACGGAGAGGGUCCUCAGGAAGCUGGAUGUGAGCUGGGAGCUGGGCCUGAGGACCCUCUGGGGCCAGCAGAUCUCUGUGGAGCACAGCAGGGUCUACUUCUUCGAGUCCUCCAUGAUCGUACGCUGGAGCGGAGCUCGCUUCCCCAGAUACCACCACCUCUCCAACAUCCAGCUGUACGGGGUCCGCAAGGAGACCCCCAGCAGGAGGCCCGGCUGGCGCUCCCUCAUCCUGAAGCUGGACACCAGGAGUCAGUUCAGUGGUUUUAUCGGCACCGACAGACUGGUCAGACUGAGACACCUCCGGCCUGGAUUCAUCGUCGGCACCUGGAGGGGUAACAGCUGUGUAGCCUUCAUCAUGGCCUGUCUGCACUUCCACAAGCUGGUGGAGAAAAGUCUGCUGGGCUCUCCGGUUUGCCCCUACUCUGUGCCUGCCAACCCUCCUCCUGUGGGUUAUUCAGACCCUGAGUUCGGUCUGCACGGCUACACGCUGCACUUUGUGCUGCACGGCACCGGCUCCCAGAUCAUGUCAGGACACUUCCAACACCUCACCUGUAGCACAGGUAAUCUGGCGCAGCACGGCCUGCUGGAGCUGAGGGUCAUCAACAGGAACGACCUGUCCCAGCACCGGUCUCUGUCCGGGAACAUCAAGCUGCCCUGGAAGGGCGGAGACCUGGAGGGAACAGUGGAGAUCAGUGGUUGCAUCAUCCUCGGCGUCUCCAUCUACCUGAAAGUCCACAAGGAUGGAAACUCGAUCACCAGCGAGUCUCUGCCGGGCGUCGACCUGAUGAUCGCCAUCGGAGUCAUCAUCAUGGUGCUCGGCUUCCUGGGCUGCUGCGGCGCCAUCAGAGAGAACCGCUGCCUCCUGCUGCUGUUCUUCAUCAGCCUCCUCAUCAUCUUCAUCCUCCUGCUGGCGGCCGGAAUCCUCGGAGCCGUCGGGGAGUCAAAGGUGAAGGACUGGGUGAAGGAGCGUCUGGAGAAGCUCCUCCCGUUGUCGGAUCAAAAACAGAAUGUGAGAGACGACCUGGAGAAGCUGCAGAAGGAGCUGAAGUGUUGUGGUCUGGUGAACGGGCCGUCAGACUGGACCGUCAUCCCCGCCUCCUGCCGCUGCAACGCCACCGAGACCGACUGCAAACCCUCCACCAACUACAGCACGCCCUGCUCUGAGAAAAUCAUCAGUCUGAUGCAGAAACACAUGGAGGUGGUGCUGGGGAUCGCCUUCGCCAUCGCCAUCCUGCUGAUCUUCGGCAUGGUCUUUUCCAUGAUUCUCUACUGUCAGAUCGGCAAGAAGGAGGGCCCCACCCCGGCCUGAGGGCCAACACGUGGCCCCACCCCGGCCUGAGGGCCAACAUGGGGCCCCACCCCGGCCUGAGGGCCAACACGUGGCCCCACCCCCGCCUGAGGGCCAACACGUGGCCCCGCCCCUCGCUGCCAGCCAGCAGUGCCCCAAUGACCCAUGUAACAUCAAUGCUACUGUAACCUGACGUGUGCUUUUAUUGUGGAGGAACACGCUGAUAAUUUGGUUAAACUACCACAUUAAUACAUAACCUCUGUGUAAUAUAUGGAGUCUCAAGACACAAUUUAAAUAUUUAAGCAAAUUUGAGUGUGAAAAUGCAACAUAAGGUAAAAUAAAUGGGUUUUUACUUUUGUAUUUUUCAAAUUAAUCAGAGUGUUCCUUUAACUUUACAGAAAACCUGUGAUAAUUAUUAUUUUAUGAUUUUUUUAAAACUCAAGUCUAAAGUCUGUUUUUUCUGUUCACAUUGCGGGCUAAAAAAAAUAAAAAAUGGAAGCCCAUUACUGCCUCAUAAAUACGAGGUUAAGUAUUAUUUAAUUAUUCACACAUUCUUAAAAGAAAAUAAACUUGUGAUUCUUUUCUGUGUUCUGGUUGAAAUCAAACUUAUUGCUAAAUUGAAGUGUUGAAUCAAAGUUUUGAGAUGAUAUAGUUUUAUUUUUUAUGGUUAUUUUGCAGGAGUGGGCUUCCAUAUUUGUGUCCAGAUAUACACUGCUGUAGCUGUCUGUCACGUCUGCUGCCAUAUGUUAAAAAUAUGUCAAAAUAAUCCUCAGGAAAUUUAAAGUUGUGGUGUAACUCCAUCAGAAGUAAAACAUCUAUAAAUAAAUCAUACUCAGCCUUGAAAUUCACAUCUUUGACCACGUUGUUCUAUAACUCAUGAGCGUCUGAUUGUAAAAGUGUCUUGUAACUGUUUUUCUUUUCUUUUUUUUACUGGCACUGUCUGAACACUGUAAGGAUGUUAUUUGUUUCUGUCACCUGACUGAGUUCAGUUUGGGGACGUGAAGUGUCAUAUUAUACAAGAAGGGAAAUAAAAACUAGAGUGAAUU